GCCUUGCAUCUACUGAGUUUCUUAGAAUUCCAUCAUACCAUCAUUAUUCUUUAGUUGUCCACCAUUCAACCACCGUCAAAAACUCGAGAGUAUGUGCUCUACCGGCAUUGUUCUCAUCAUCACUUUAUAACCAUGGCGUCGCCACAGCUAGCUAUAGCUAGAGUAUCCUUCUCUGCCGUACUCUUACGUCCGGAUCCAACAUCAUGUUCGCGCGGCGAGAUUGACGAGUUCCUUCAGCUGCUCGACGCGACCAUCUCGCGAUGCUCCCCGCCCAAUGUUCAGAAAAGCAAGCAUUGGAUAUUAAAGAACCUAGUCCAGUCUCCUGUUAGAAUCGCCGCCUUGGGGAAAUACUUGACGGCAGUGGCUAAGUCCUUCAACUUGGAUCUUGCCGCUAGUAGGCAAGCCCGCGAGCCUUCUUCGAAACGUAAACGCCUCCAUAUCCUCUACGUUCUCAAUGAUACACUAUAUCAUGUCCAUAUCCGGGACCGGAAUACCAACUUCGCGCAAAAGCUAGAACCUGCUAUUCCAGACAUCAUUCAACUCGCUGCUGCCUUUCCGAACUGCCCGAAGCAUUCCAAGAAAGUAUUGGAUCUUAUAGACCUUUGGGGCGAGAAGCAGUAUUUUUCGGAAACAUUUAUUCAGAAACUUCGAACUACUGCCCAAGAAGCACCGCACUCGGCCACCAAGGUUGACACGACUAUUGACGGCACCCAAGUCACGGGUACAAGAUCUUCCAAAGAUGCCCCGUUCAUCAUGCCAGCCAUGCAUGGUGAUGCUACUGUGUCAUGGUAUGACUUACCUGCAGCGAACUGGCUACCCGCCAUCGAACCUAACUCUACGAGACCAAUGAACCCCGACAUGAUCAAACCCUUACAGUUUGUUGCCGGCCCUGCGGACGAGAAAUUAGCCAAAGCCGUUCAAGACUUAUUAGUUGACGUGGAUCGCAUUUACAGUAGAGGUCAGCGCGACGUUGACCAGCACACCGAAGACAUCGAUCAGCUGGGACAGCGCAUUGUGCUUGAUGAGACGACUGGGGACGUUAUCGAUGGAGAUAGCUACUACGGCUGGUCUCGCGCGUUCUGUGAGAAGAUGAAACAGCGCUGCAAAAAGACUAGCGUUCCUGGGAAUGGCCACCGCGGACGCGGUACAGCACGUUCGCAUUCACGGUCACGAAGUUCAUCUCGUAGCUCAUCACGGCCCGCGCACAAACGACGGCGCGUAUCUAGCUCGCGAAGCUCUAGUAGAAGCCGAAGUCGAAGCCAUAGACGAAGCUAUAGCAGAGACCGUCAUCGGCGAAGAUCAUACAGCAGUUCUAGAUCUCGUUCUCGUUCUCGUUCUCGCUCAGGAGACCGACCAUACGAUCGUCCACUCUCGCAAUCCCAAGGAAGGAGUCCGCCGCCUGCUCCGCGGUCAUAUGACCCUCCUCACUUCGCCAAUCCGAACGGAAAGCCGCUACCCGGUUUUCCAAAUCAGCCACCACAUCCAAAUUCCCAAUACCAGCAGCAUUCUACACCUCCGCCUCCUUUCCCAUCACAACCCUUUCCCCCUUUACCCUCGGACCUCAGCCAGUUCAUACCACCACCACCCCUUCCACCACAGAACUACCAGGGCCAAUGGCCACCGCCGCCUCCGAUCCCGCCAAACAUGCCGCCGAAUUGGAUACCUAACAUGCCGAUGGGAGGAUGGCCUGUACCUCCCCCACCGCCGCCUGGACAACCGCAGCAGUAUCAUCGUGGUGGCUUCCAGCAGUACGGAAGAGGGGGCAGAGGAGAUUACCGCGGGCACGGACACCGUGGGGGCUGGGACCAUCGGGGUCGAGGUGGUUGGUAAUCGUACCUAGGCACGAGCAUAGCCUUUGGAUGCUAAAGCGAUUGUAUCGUAUUUUGCUCGGUAUCUGCACGCGAGGAAACGGUGCCCUAUCGCGAUAUCAGAAUAUCAGAAUAUAACACAGUUUAAUAAGAAGAGAAUUCGAUAUCCCAAUAACCUCAUAUUGUGUACCAGGUUCCGUAAUAUUUGUGUG